CGUUAACGCUCUUCCUGGGCCUUACGACAUACUCCAAAGACAAAACGUGGAGAAUCUGCAGAUGAAAACCAGUCCUUCAAUUACAAAAUACGGCAAUUUGAUUUAUUAUGCAGGGCGAGGCGAGCCCUAGUAAUUCCCUUAUUGACAGAACCAUCAAGAUGAGAAAAGAAACUGAAGCGAGAAAAGUGGUUUUAGCCUGGGGCCUCCUAAAUGUAUCUAUGGCUGGAAUGAUAUAUACUGAAAUGACUGGAAAAUUGAUUAGUUCAUAUUAUAAUGUGACAUACUGGCCCGUCUGGUAUAUUGAGCUUGCUCUUGCAUCCCUCUUCAGCCUUAAUGCCUUGUUUGAUUUUUGGAGAUAUUUCAAAUACACUGUGGCACCCACAAGUCUCGUUGUCAGCCCUGGACAGCAGACACUUCUAGGGUUGAAAACAGCUGUUGUACAGACUACUCCUCCACGUGAGCUAACAGCCACACAAAUCCCUCCCUCUCCACCUUCCCCUUCAAUUCAGGGGCAGAGUGUGUUGAGCUACAGCCCAUCUCGCUCACCCAGUGCCAGUCCCAAGUUCACCACCAGCUGUAUAGCUGGCUACAGCCCUCAACUGCAAAGCAUGUCCUCAGGCAGCAGUAGUUCGUACAGCCCCGGAGUGACCUACUCACCAGUCGGUGGUUAUAAUAAGUUGGCAAGCUUUAGCUCCUCUCCCCCUUCUCCGUACCCUGCCACGGUUGGCCCAGUGGAGAGCAGUGGAUUGAGAUCCCGCUACCGUUCUUCACCCAGCGUCUACAACUCACCUACUGAUAAGGAGGACUACAUGACGGACCUGCGCACUCUGGACACUUUUCUCAGAAGUGAAGAAGAGAAACAGCACAGAGUUAAUCUGGGAAGUCCAGAUUCUACCUCUCCUUCUAACAGCCCUACUUUCUGGAACUACAAUCGUUCAAUGGGAGAUUACGCACAGACUUUAAAGAAGUUCCAGUAUCAGCUUGCCUGUAGAUCUCAGGCCCCUUCUGCUAACAAAGAUGAAGCUGAUCUCAGUUCUAAGCAAGCUGCAGAAGAGGUUUGGGCAAGAGUGACCAUGAAUAGACAACUUCUUGAUCAUAUGGAUUCAUGGACAGCUAAGUUCAGAAAUUGGAUCAAUGAGACAAUAUUAGUGCCGCUUGUACAGGAGACUGAGUCUGUCAGCACCCAGAUGAGACGAAUGGGUUGUCCAGAGCUGCAGAUAGGAGAGGCUAGUAUUACCAGCUUGAAACAGGCCGCCCUGGUCAAAGCCCCUCUCAUUCCGACUCUGAAUGCAAUUGUGCAGUAUCUAGACCUCACACCAAAUCAGGAGUACUUGUUUGAAAGGAUCAAAGAACUUUCUCAGGGAGGCUGCAUGAGCUCAUUUCGAUGGAACAGGGGCGGAGACUUCAAAGGACGGAAGUGGGACACUGACCUGCCCACUGACUCUGCGAUCAUCAUGCACGUAUUUUGCACCUACCUCGAUUCCAGGUUACCUCCACACCCUAAGUAUCCUGACGGAAAAACGUUCACGUCUCAGCAUUUUGUUCAGACACCAAAUAAGCCAGAUGUUACGAAUGAGAAUGUUUUUUGCAUUUAUCAGAGUGCUGUCAACCCCCCACAUUAUGAGCUUAUCUAUCAGCGUCAUGUGUACAACCUUCCAAAGGGUAGAAAUAAUAUGUUUCAUACAUUAUUAAUGUUCCUUUACAUCAUAAAGACAAAAGAGUCAGGAAUGCUUGGGAUCUCACUGUGUAGUUCAGGCUGGCCUCACAUUCACAGGGAUCCUCAGCCUUCUGAGUGCCAGGUUUACAGCGAUGGGCCACCACCCUGGGCAUCUUGUUCAUCAUUUAGAGGAGAGUUAACCUUGGUCUAUCUGGUGUGAAUAUUUUAUGGAUUUUUGGCAAGUAGUGAAUCAUUUAAUUCCAAAUGUUGGGACUUUCAGUGAAGCGGAAAAAGUUGAAUCUAAGCAUCUUUUUGCCACUGCCUCUUCUGAAAUAAGCUACAUAUGUGUGCAUGAGAUUUAACAAAAAAUUAGCUAGUAUACCUGUACGUUCCACUCCAAAAAAUAUUACCUUUUGGAAAUUCCAGUUGAUACAAAAUCACAGCACUCUGGACUUUUUUUAAAAAUGCAAAGGUUGUAGUUCCUCUUAGUGAAAUAAAUGGAGCAGCUCUUUUUCACUGUAAUCCCCAAAUAAGCAUUAUCCAUCUGACUUCUCAAAAAUGGUGUUUAGUUAUGUUAUUUAAUAGUACAAGUACUUAAAGGAAAUGGGCUGAUUUUAUCUCUAUAAUACCCCAGUGUUCUGCAGAUCAGUCUAGAGCCUGUAUUCAAAGAAAUGAAAUCAGUUUCUAAGUAAUGUAUUAAUUAAUCCAGGUAUAUGUUUUAAAGAUUAUUGAAAGAGGCUUGACAGUAUCGGUAUUUUAAAAAGUCAGCUCUUUGUAUGUGGAUGUCAGGAACGCUCCCCACUGCUUUGGUUUUAGCACCUCUGUUUCACUGUUCUGUAAUACUGUGUUGCCUGUCCAUAUAAAGUAUUUAGAUACAAUAUUUUCAAUGCCCCCCCGCCCCCAGAGUGAAAAGAUACGAAGUUGUGAGAAGUAACAGCCGGCAGCCGCCUUGCUCAUGGUUUCCCGAUGAAGUGUUGCAGACUGACCUGGAAAUGGCUGAACCCGGUGUCUUCUCAAGUAGUGUGCAUGCGUCCCUUUUGUAUAGUUUGUAGAUUUUUCAAGAAGUUUUCAAAAAAGUUCUUGUAUUUUAAAAGUUGAUGUCCAAAAAAAUAGAGUUUUUAAUUGUUUUUGCUGUGUUAAAUCUGUUUGUUACGGUAUUUCAAAAGACUGUAUCACUGAAAUACGCUGAAUAUAGGGCCCUACUAACAAUUGCUAUGCUGUUAAACUGUACAAUUGCAUAUACUUUUUUUAAAAGUGUUAAGAAGAAAAAUUUUGAUGACUACAUAAAGACGAAGAUCUUUUUCUUUAUAGGGCUUAAGGUAGCUUUUAGUCCAAAUACUCAGAUUUUUUUUCCAGUGCUGGGGAUCCAACCCAGAGUUCCCAUAUGUUAAAUAAGCACUGUACCACUGAGCCACUCCCCAUGCCCUGUAUUACUUUAUUUCUGAAAUGAGCAUCAAAAAAAUGAGGAUACAUAGUAAAAAAGAUGUUUUGUGUA